UGUGGAAAUCAAAGCGCGUGUACAUCAUUUUCAUGAACUUGUAACUUGUUAAGGCAUUAAUAAAGUGUUGUAAGGAAAAAUACUUUGUGGAAGUGUUGCAAAACAUUUAUGAUUUUUCGGUAAACGUACAUGGACACCAGCCCGGUGAAAAAACGCUUCAGUAGUGUCAGUGGAACUAUAUUUUUCUUAUGAAUCAGUAGUUUACGUCUCUCUCAGGAGCAAUUUAUGAAAUGUUUUAAAAAUGAUGGCUGUGCUUGGUCAAAAUAUUGUGCCAACAUUUUUACAAGAAGUUUACUUACCUAAAGACGUAUGUUUAAAUAUUUCAACGCAUUAUAGUUUGAAUAAUAUUGGCGAAAUUCAAUAAAUAAUGGGACCCCACAGCUGACAUUAUCUCAAAAUGGCUAAUAUAAGACUGCCGCUACAUAUAUGCAACUCAAUCAAACAGUAUACUCUUAACGCCAAAUCGAAGUUAAUAAAUGACCCAAACUUAGACAUAAAGGCUGGAAGGCGGUCCGCAUAUUUAAAAACAAAUAAUAUUUAUUGGAAAUCGAAGCAAACAGAUAAAGCAAAGUUGGUAAUAUUUCUCAUUCUACUCCUUCCAAGAAGUUCAUGUGGCAAUAGUUACAGCGGCGGAAGAAAUUCUAUGCUUAGGACAAGAGUGAUUGGAACAAGAUACGGUAAAAUGCAAGGUGUUAUAUUGCCAAUGGAUCAACAUAAAUUCUUGAAACCAGUGGAAGCGUAUUUAGGAGUACCAUAUGCGACUCCACCUACCGGGUCUAACAGGUUCGCGCCGACGCGCGCUCCAGCGCCCUGGGAUGACGUAAAGCAAGUCGACCAAAUGGGUCCAGUGUGUCCUCAACGCUUGCCCGACAUUUCAAACGAGACUCUUGCUUUGGAGAGAAUGCCCAAAGGUAGACUGGAGUAUUUAAGGAGACUGUUGCCAAGACUGAAGAAUCAAAGCGAGGAUUGCCUCUACAUGAACAUUUACACCCCCGUACAAGUGGGUCCGACAUUGCAGGCCAAAUAUCCAGUUGUUAUUUUUAUCCAUGGAGAAUCUUUUGAAUGGAAUUCUGGAAACGUUUAUGACGGAGCCGUUCUAGCCAGCUAUGCGGGGCUUGUUGUUAUCACAAUCAACUACAGACUAGGUAUCCUAGGAUUCUUAAAUGCCAACCCCAUCCCUCAUCUUAAAGCUAGGGUUGCCAACUACGGACUCAUGGACCAAAUUGCGGCGUUACAUUGGGUUCAACAAAAUAUAGCUUUGUUUGGCGGAGACUCUGGUAAUGUAACCAUGCUGGGGCAUGGUUCUGGUGCUGCAUGUAUUAACUUUUUGAUGAUAUCACCGACAGUAAUGCCAGGGCUUUUUCAUCGAGCUAUACUGUUAUCUGGUUCUGCAUUAAGUUCAUGGGCUCUCGUAGAAGAUCCUGUUAGUUUUUCCGUCCAACUGGCCAAGCAAUCAAAUUGCACCUUACCGGAAGACAUUGUUAAGGAUCACGAAUUAAUUGUUGAUUGUCUACGUGAAGUCCCACUGGAAGAGCUUAUGUCGGCGGAAAUCAAUACGCCUAGUUAUUUAACAGCUUUUGGACCUUCCGUUGAUGGAGUUGUAGUCAAAACAGACUACGCUAAAGAAUUACUCACCUAUUUCAUUCCAAACGAUCUGCAAGGUUUUACAAGUGUUUCCGGAGUUAAUAACUUUAAAGCUGAUAAAAGAGGUGGCGAUAGGAUAUUCGGGAUAAGGGGUGGGCAAAACAAAUAUGAUCUGCUUUUCGGAGUGGUUACGAGUGAAGCGCUGUGGAAAUUCUCAGCUCAAGAUAUACAAAACGGAUUUGAGGGUGAACGGAGGGACAGGAUAAUAAGGACUUACGUAAGGAACGCUUACACAUAUCAUUUGAGUGAAAUAUUUUUCACAAUUGUCAAUGAAUAUACUGAUUGGGAACGAACAGUUCAGCAUCCAAUCAACACUCGAGACGCAGCCGUAUUAGCACUCUCGGAUGCGCAAUAUGUAGCACCAUUGGUUCAAACUGGGGACUUCUUAAGCGUGGCUAAGAGCUCGCCUGAUUCUGGGCCAAAUGCGUUCUUCUAUGUUUUUGACUACCAAACGAAAGAUGGAGAUUAUCCACAGAGAAUGGGUUCUGUUCAUGGAGAAGAGUUACCGUAUUUAUUCGGAGCGCCGCUGGUCGACGGCUUAGGUCAUUUCCCAAAAAAUUAUACAAAAUCAGAGGUUGCAUUAUCUGAAGCUUUCAUAUUUUACAUUGCAAACUUCGCGAGAACUGGGAAUCCUAAUGAAGCUCUGCGACAGGAAGCCUUGUUACCAAUAUCAAGAGAACGCAACAGAUACAAGAGCAUUGUUUGGGAUGAAUAUGACACUUUGCACCAGAAAUAUCUAGAAAUUGGCAUGAAGCCGCGCAUGAAAAACCAUUACCGGGCCCAUCAGCUGUCCGUGUGGCUGCGGUUGAUCCCGGAGAUACACAGGGCCGGCAUGAAGGACGUGGUUGCAAAACACAACCUUUUCCGAAACCACAACGACCCAGAACUAUACGACGGACUAGUCCGGCCUGAUCCGCUCACCCGAGCUAACUACUUUGACCCCACACUUGAGCUUUACCGCAGGCCUAUAUACAAUGUUACCUUAGAUGUGCCGUCCACUACUAUGGAUACGUUCGUGACUACUUGCGUGAGCGUUAUGUCAGCGCGGCCAGGCUCCGCCGUUACCCAGGCUCAGACACCGAACAGCACUCAUACACAAGACAUUUCCAACUUGGAAGUGGCCGGCUACACAGCUUACUCUACGGCUUUAAGUGUCACUAUUGCUAUUGGGUGUUCGUUACUCAUCCUAAAUGUUCUCAUUUUUGCUGGCGUAUAUUACCAGAGAGAUAAAACUCGCCUGCAAGUAAAAGCUUUGCAACAACAACAGAAACGUUCACACAACUCUACUUUUGAAAGCGUCUCUUCAAAACACCCUCACUAUUUUAUCGGGCAUUCUCAAAGUUCAAGCACAAUUGUUGACAUCGAUCAUCAAGAUAAGAAUGCUAUUAUUGCAAUGACAAAUCGCGUACCACAUUUUUCAAAUGCAAACUGUCCCAAUGUUUGUCACCCUGGCAUACAAAUGUCAAAUCUAUCUCAAAAAGCUAGCCCUCCAACUAGUAGAGGUCAAUGUACUACUCUGCCAAGGAAAGUAGGAUUUAGCUACCAACAACAAAAUCAAAUAUGUAAUGCCUCAAAUUGCAUGACUUUACCGAAGAAUGCAACAUUCGUGAGCAGCUCGAGUAACCUGCCGGACGUGCAGGCGCAGACGGGCCAGGGCCACGCGGCCGGCAACGGAGCGGCGCUGCCGGCGCCGGGCUCACCCUCCGCCCAGCACUUUCAGAAAUCCCGGGUUCCUCAAGCGGCCAUGUCCGAAAUGAAUGUAUGAGAAAUGGAAGAUAUUUACAAUUAUGUGUAAAGUGAUGACACUGUGCAGUGUGAGCGAUACCUACAUACACUGUAGAAACAAAUUGUAAAUCACUGGAUAAUGCAUGGUUGUAAAUAUCUUAUCAGAAAACUGUACAUAUUAUCGAUGUAAGUUGACUUAAUUACUCCAAAAACAGGUACUUUUUACGUUAAUUUUAGCAAUGUAUCCGAAAGAAUUUGAUGUCUAAGUCAAUGUCUGUAUAAAAUCUUACUUUUAGUUGACUCUUGUAAAUAAGUAUAGUUAUAAAUUAAAUAAUGAUAAAUAUCUUUCCAUUUUAAAUGGAUUUAACCAUUAAGAUAAUUAGUUGAUCUUCAUAUGAUUAGAAUCGUUUUAAGAUCUACAAGCCCGUUUCACACUAUGUACUCGUAUGUUCAAAUUUUACAGAUGUGUGGUAUAGUCAUAUAAUGACGUAAUUAAUGUAAAUAAUUUAGAAUCUUAAAGACUGUAUACUUGUAAUAGGAAAAUGUUUAUGUUUACGUAGAAACAUACUAAGCCGAAAGAAUAUAAUUAUAAUUAUAACUCAUUAGAAAUAAUAACAGUACUUUAAUUUUCGCUUUUCCCUUCAGAUAUUUAUUAUAAACAUAAUUAUGGUUAAUAAUAGGUACGUCAUAAACAUUGUACAAGCCCUCUUUUUUUCCAUCUAAGUAGUAUUAAAUAUUAAUAAAACUACAUUUUUAUAUUACUAAGAAUGGUUAUGCAGAUAUUUAAAAAAAUUGUUAUUGAUGAAUGGUCUCUAGAUUUUAUUAAUGAGCUCCCUAAAUACUCUGACACGACUAGUUGACUACACAAUACACAUGUACGAGUAUGUAACUAUAUAACCGUAUAUUUUCAUAUACAUUGCCUCUAGCGUGUUUUGUGUACUUAUAACAAUGCAAACGCAGACUUAUGGGAGUACUUCGAAGCAUAAUAACGAACUUUUAAAAUUUAACCGAAAUGAACGCAAACUAAUGGCACUAAACACGUCUACUGUGUACCUAUAUUGAUGACUAUACAUAAAUUGAAUUAAUCCUCCGAUGUCUUUACAUCAUCAGUAAGGAUAUUCUUUGAUAAAAUAUGACUGCGAUUUCACAAUAAUUAAUUUAAAAAAAAAGAUCAUUAGAGUGUCAAUAUUUUUUUGACAACUUCUUCGAAACAAUACAUGGCCUAAUCCAAAUGAGAUUUAUAACUGAGCCGAACUAUAAAAGAUUUGAAGCGACUGUCACAAGGACUAUCAUUUGAAACAGUAAAACAAAUAAGUAUAGGGGAAGCCACGGGCAGUAAAAAGACGACUGUUGGAAGGGCGUUUAAAAGAUUUGUCACCAUCAUUAAAUAAUAUCAAAACUAACUUACUUGAUAUACCGGGUGCGCCCUGUAACACUAGGAAAAAUUUAACUGUAGGCUAUACUCCGUAAACUGACCAAAAUUUAUUCAGCGACUUUUAAAAAUUAUAAAGAUUAAACGUUGGUCAGUUUAAGGAGUUAUAGUCUACAUUUUAAUUUUUUACUUUUGUUACAGGGCCCACCCGGUAUAUUGAAUUUAGAUUCUUCAAACUUUCAUUGACAUAAUGCAUUGUUAUUUGUAUGUAUAAUUUACUUGCAUGUAUUGGCUAUACAUAUAACUAUUACUCGACUCAUGAAGUCAUGACUUACUAAUUUACGUGUCAGUUUAUGUAAUAAUUAUUAUAAUGCUUUAUUUAUACUUUUGUGUGAAAUGUAUCUACUGACGGUUUUUUUAUUAUAUUUAUUGAUACUUAAUGUUUUCUAAUCAAGUGCGUAAUUUCCUGUUUAUCGAUAAAACAUCAUAAUUACGUGUUAAUGAAAUGUGUUAAAAUUAUUAAUGUAAAAGUUACCUAACCGUUACUAUGAAUUCUUA